AUGUACGUUGAAAAGGAUAAGAACAUUCUCACUGAGAUUAUAUUCCAUCUUCCUGGCGCAGAUGGUGGAGAACGCGAAGCCAAGGUUCCACUUUACCUUGGAAAAGGCAGCAAUUUGGAACCUUUUUGCAGGAUGUACAUCUCAUUCAAGAAUCUUUGCGCUCAAUGGGAAAUCACUGGCAACGGAGCUGGAAUUGCCAACCUCAAGUUCCGGCUCUUUUGUCUACAUCUUAGCGGUCAAGCCUUGAACAAAUUGAAUGUGAUUGAAACGAACGUGACCAAUCGCACUAUCGUGCAAUUCAAGAAUUCUGUUGACAGAUUUAUCACGAAGAUGUCAGCUGGCGCAAAUCCAAGGAACAGCGCAAGCCGUUUUCUGAAGUCAAUUGCCUGCAGGAAGUCUAUGAAAACUGAUGUGUCCAGACACAUCAGGCAACUUGAACUUCUUUGCUUCUAUCAUGACAUGCUUCCCGGAACAUCUCAGAAGCUAUGUGAAAAUGAUGAGUUUCCUCCAAAUUGGCAAAAUACUUUCCAUCAACAAAAAGGAACCAUCGAAGACCCCAACGUCACCUUGCAAAUGGUCAAAACUUACAUGCAAGCUAAUAAGAUUUGA